UUUAGUCACGUGGUCACGCUAAUCAAAAUGGUCGACGACGUAAAUGUUUUUAUGUAAAAUUGUUUGCUUAAAAAGCUAUAAAUUUCAGAUGCAUUUUCGUUGAGGUGAUUUAGCAACACAGUAUUGCAAUUUGUACAAUGAUGGAUAAACAAUAUUCUGUAAAGUUUUUCACUUCGUUUGUCGAAGCCAUGCAGAGGUUGUGUCGGGAAUACCUUGACUAUGAACAAGGUGUUGAACUGAGUGGUUACUUGGCUGUGGAGAUUGACAACUAUAAAAAAGAAAGAUAUGUGCUGAGUGAACUUGUUCAGAGUACUGGCAAUGUGAUCAGUGAGAGCUACUGCACAAAAGCAUUCAAGACACUUAGGAAAGAAAUACCUCUGAAGGUGUCCAGGGACAAUGAACAUAUCACACCUAGGAAACAAUAUGGCAUGGUUAGCAGGCCCCACAGGCAACCAAAGCCCGCAGAAGAAGUUACAAUCGACUUGCGGGAGAGUCCCGAGAGAGAAAUACAGCCAAGUCCACUUCGCUAUCAGCAGUCGCCAGCAUCUCGAGGUCAUUCAUUAGCAAGUCCUGUUAGAUGGCAGAAUCGAUGUCCAACCACACCGAACAGGACGAAUCACCGUUUUUCAUCUUCAAUUGGCAGUCCACCCCGAAUGAGAAACAUGGCAGCUUUAAGAUCACCAAAUCCACCACGUGUCGGUACUGGGCAGCAGUCGAAUCAGAUCCAGCCCAGGCGACCAGAGCAGUCACCUACCCAGCCGUCCUGGACCCCUCCACGCAUUACAUCAGUUCAGUCCCUAAGCAGUCCACAGCAUGAACCAGUUGUUCCAUCAAGUCCUCAACCUGGUCCUCAACCUGGUCCUCAACCUGGUCCUCAACCUGGUCCUCAACCCGGUCCUCAAGCAUCACCUGUUAGUGUUAGUGCUGGGCAGAAAAGACCCAGUGAAUCCAGUGACUCGGCUGCGUCACCGGCCAGCAAAAAAGAUAAAAUUGAUGAGAAUUUGGAAGCUUUGAUAGAUCUGGCAAACAUGGCCAAAGAGCUUUCUUCUGAUUCACAAUCAGGGACGAAAUCUAACAGUUCCACAGUUGCUAGUUCUCCUGCUGUGAGCACAUUGCCAUCAACUGUUGCAGCACCACCACCACCACCAUCAUUAUCAUCAUCAUCACAAAAUACACAAUCCAUUUCGACUGAAGCUGUUCCCACUGAAAAUAUCCGUCUGCCUUUACCAGCUGAAGUGAAACAGGAGGUAGACUCAAGUGCUCCGUGUUUAGUUAUAGACAAUGCCAAUGAUGGAGAGGUCAGUUCGGGAAGUGAUAGUACAUUUAAUGCUAAUCAGACAGUGGAAGCGUUUGAGAGACUCAAUACAACAAGCUCGGGAUCAUUCUCCAGUGAGACAGCAAGCGCAUCAUAUGAUCCAGCAACAUUACAGAUGAAUUGGUCACAGAGUGAUGUGCGCAAUGAAUCUCCGAUCACCACAGAAGUGACCCAGCCGUUGGUUAAGAAUCUUAUCCCAGUGCAGGGGAAGGAAGUGUUUUUGUGCGACUCUUGUGGACGGUCAUUUGUUAACAAGAGUGGUUUAAGUAGUCAUAUGUACUUGGCACAUGCCAACAAAGUGAGAUAUUGUUGCAACAUAUGCUCUUCAACAUUCAUUCAACGGUCAAGCUAUGAAGAUCACCUCAAUUUGCACAAAAACAUCCGUCCCUAUAAGUGCUCCAAAUGUGGCAGAUCAUUCUACAGCAAGGGACCACUGACGGCUCACAUUAAAGUGUGUACUUUAAAAUCUCUCAAUGUUACCGAUACGCAAUGAUGGAAAAUUCAGCGUUAAAACAUUUAUCAGAUAAUAUUUGGCUUCUGCAUUUCUUAGUUUUUGCUAUUUCUUGUCCCGAUGCACCAUGACUGGUGUUGAUAUUGCAAUGACAGGAUGAUAAUGGUUCAUGUACAGUACUAAUACACAGUAAAAUAAUUAUAUAUUACUGUGAAAUGAGUAUUAUUUGGACAUGGAAAUUUUCAUGAUUUCAUAAAUGGUUAUUUUGCUGUUAUGUAAUACUUACUAAUAAGUAAAAUUACUAUGACCACCUCCACUUACUAAUAAGUAAAAUUACUAUGACCACCUCCACUGACCUGUCAUACAGUGUGAUUAUAAUUUACCAAUGAAAUACAAAGAGAAUAAGUCCUUAGUAGAUGGCAAAGACUAUUUCACUUUUACCGGGUAUCCCAUAAGACUUUACAGCUUGGUAUUGUGAACAGACAACUUUAUUUAUCAACAAACCACUACAAUAUUCAACAUGAAACUGAAAGUUGAAUGCAUCUGCCAUUUUAAUAAUGUGAAGGAGGAUAACUCUGUUGCAGAAACUAAACUAGUUUUUGCACCAAAUAUGAGUUCUUGCUGUUGCCCUACUAAUAGUAUAAACUAUUAUCAGUGAAAGCUAAUUAAUAUUCACGAAACUGAUCAUCAAUGUGUCUGUAUAUAUAUUAUGUACAAAAGAUUGUUUGAACAACGAUUAAUGUCAGUGACUUGAUUUCAGAAUGAACUUUGGCAACAGGUUUACAGUUUUGCUGUUAGUGAUGGUUGUCAUUUUAGCUAAGUGUGAGUUUGCACAUCUUUCCCAUGACACAUUUUAUAAGGAAGUUAUAAAAAAGAGGUUGUGAAAUUAAUGUAUUUGACUAUAAAUACUAGGCGUAAUUCAACAAUAAAAUUUGCAAUACCUUCCCCUGAGACAGUAAUAGUUUUUUGUGUAUUUUUCUUACCUGCUUGUAAGUCGACACCGUUCCAAGUUAUAAUUUAUUUUUUUAAAUUUUCAAAUGGCUUACAGGCAAAGAAAUACAGGAAAUGUUCACUAUACAGUUAAAAGGCACUGACAUAGCAUAAGCAUUUAUUAUACAAAACUGGAAAAAUAAAUUUCUCAAUGAUAAAUUAUCAUGCAUUAGCUGGUAUUAAUAUUAUUUGACAAUUUGGUGCUUACAAACUGGGGACUUUGUACUAAAUAUGAUUUGGAAAACAUACAUGCACAUGGUAAUGUUGGCUAGUUUAAAAAGUUUGUAUUAAAGAUUUUUUUAAUUGAAUAAAGAAAACUUUUAAGUUUUGAAAAUUAUCUAUGAUCGUGAAUGAAAUACCCUGUACAUUGUUAUAGCAAUACUGAAAAUACUAUAUAAAGUUGUUUACAUUGUUUCUAUAUACACGUAGAGAUAUAUAUAUAUAUAUAUAUAUAUAUAUAUAUAUAUAUAUAUACAUACAUUAUUGGAUAUAAAAAAUAAAAGGUUUUUAGAGAAAAAUUAUUUUAAGCCCUAAAUUAUAUAACAAACUUAGUAAUAUUUAUCCAAUUUUAUGUCCUUCAUGAAUUUAAUUUUUAUUUAUCAUAUUAUUUAAAAAUAUAUUUUACUCAGUACAUAAAUUUGAUAGUAUCUGGUAUCUCAUUUAUUAUUAAUAUAUUAUACUGUGUUGUUUGUUUAUGCUUAUUUUUGUGCUUUUAUCCAGUUAGGGUUAGUGGUUAAUAAGAGAGAAGUUGGUGUAGUGGCCUUAAUUUUACGCCACUGAUUUGUUAAACCAGCUCUGGGUGGGAGCCGGUACCAGAAUGCAAACCGAGUACCUACCAGCCUUAUGUCAUAUGGCUUAAUAACUACACCACCGAGGCCGGUUAUCCUGCAUUCAUACAUGGUACAUGGAUAUCAGUGUAGAAUGUAGUUUUGAAUGGUUCAAUGAUAUUGAAUAAAUUGUUGAGUAGUUCCGAUUUGAAGUCUGAUUUGAUUGUAAACUUGCCAAGUACCAUUUGCUCUGUUUAUGUUUUUGUUAUUAUUGGUGUUAUGUUAGUAGUUGUUCAUGCAUCUUUGGCCUAUUGAUUUACAUGUUGACUAUUUUUAACUAUAGACAUGUAUUAUGCUUUAUGAAUGUUGGAUUUUAAUGAACUAAUGAUAGUGUGCAAAAUAUUUAUUCUGUGCUGAUACUUUAAAGGACAUUAAACUUGGUUUAU